AUGUCAAUGACGGGAAGCUUAAUGGGUUACGAGAACAAUAACGAUGUAAAUCAAGCGAAAUGUAAGAAGCCGUUAAAACCGCUUCCGAUUGUGUCCAGCAUAAAUUCCAGUGGGAUUACGACUACCAACAAAACGAAGAAACCACGAAAGCUAACUAGACGUAACUCUUGCAUACGAGGACACGUGAAUAGUCUAUGGUCCGUCUGGUACGGCGUUUUGGCGGUCGCUUUUCAAGCUUACAUCGGCUUGAGAUACGCCAAGAGAUUCGCCGCGUAUUUAUCGUUACCUUGGCCCGCGGACGCUCCGCCACCAAAGGUAGAAUUAUACUCGUGUCUGGUGCUAGCCGGUGCCGGGGUCGUUCUGUUGCCGGUUCUGCUUGGCGCAGCCUUUCUAAAGCUCGGUAAUCUGGCGAACGAUGGAGUGAAACUUGGUCGUCAUCUGAGCGCGUGUUCGCGCGAUCCACCUUCGUCGUUGCUUACCAACAAUCCUGACCACAGUUUGGCUAAUAAUUUAUGGCGACACGGAGGACCCACGGCUGCUUUCGUACACCUUUGCACAGCCAUGUGUUUCCUACUGCCUUCGUUGCUUAUGGAAGCUAGGCUGAUACACGCUGGAUUUUUGCCGAAAGAAACGAUAUGGCGUACGGAUUUGGAUUGGUUAGUGACUCAUCGUGAUCGACUGGUCGUAUCGAGCUUCAUGAAUCCGAACGUAAAUCUUAGCAUCCUAACCGGUUUUAUAACGCCUCAGCCUUUUGUCACUUUAACGCCCGACAACGAAGCCGAUAAUACAGCGAACGACGCAGCCACUACGAAGUCGCGGUUCAUCGAUACCGUUAAUAAAUCGAUCGCGAUCGAAUCUUGGCCUCGGGAAUCUACGAACAGGUACUUUGAUCUAUCGCGACCGGCGAGUACCGAACCAUCUGCAUCCGCUUCCGUUCUACCUACCGACAAAGUCGUAACGCCCGCCAUCCAAACAAGUAUCAUCGAUAGGCGAAAAAUACCGUCCACGUUGAACGCGACUUCAAAUUCGACAUGGCCAAUUGCUACGAGCGGUGCAGCUUCGUUAACGACCACGGCGACGGCGACGACGGCCAGUGCAGCUGCGGCGAGAACAACUACGGCAACGAUUACGACAACGACGAUAAAAACGACAACGAUGACGACCACGACCACGACCACUACCACCACGACCACGAGGACAACGAGCAACGCGAAAGCACCGACAAAGACGGUAGAAGCAGCAAAGAUGGCAGUUGCGGCAGCGGCUGCUGCUGCUGCGGCCGCAACUGCAGUCGCGACUGCUGCUACCACCGUAGCAGCCACAUUGACAUCGACGCUCGCUUCGGCGUCUAGCUCGACGAUGAAAUACGGAAAUACCGUUAGACGGCCGAUCGCUACCAAGACGAUCGUUAGGAGUAAUAAUUCGAAGAAUAAAUCGAAAACGAAAAACGUAGGAAGAUGGUCGUCGUCGACGACGACGACGACGACGACAACGACGACGACGACGACUAAACCUGGCAAGAGUAGCUCCGUUGGAAAUAUGACCGCGCAGAGUAUGUCGUUAACGAUGAACAGCUUGUCCGAUUUGGAUCAUCCGGAAAAAUUGAAUCUCGAAUUUCAAGCGUCCGAAUCAUACGGACCUAUCACGUUGGAGUACUUGAAUUACGCGAUCGCUCUUGGCGUAUAUUCCGUGAGGUAUCCAGCGGUGUUUUGGUCGUGUAACAAGCCGUUGGCAACAAUUUUUAGCUUUCAGUUGAUCGUCAAUUCCGCUCAGAGCUUACUGGCCUAUGUUGGAAUGUCCGUUCUAUACAAGGUUCAAGUGAUCGGACCUUUGAAAGUGCUACCCGUUCUUCGACAACAGUAUCGGACGAUAUCCACUACCAGUAGCAUAUCCACUAUUUUCGGGGACUCGUAUUUUUUGCUGAAUCCACACGUCACUCUCGUCUUGUUUGCCCUUUCCUCCCUGUUGGUGCUUUGUUCCAGCAUGGUGAUGUAUUUCUACGCUUAUGGCAGGUUCACGGCAUUUCUGAACCAGGAACGCGAGCGAAGAGUGAUUUUCUCGAAGGAGAAUCGAAACGGAAACGGCUGGAUAUACUUUAUUCAUUGCACCGCCCUGUGCGUGUUCUUGGCGAUCGCGAUCUGUAGCGCGCCACUGCUUUACGACUACUGCGUGGUAUAUCGUGGCAGUUUGGACGGUGCGAUUCUAGCCUGCGUUGUCGCCACUGUUCUACAUUUAUUCCUUUGGCUACUCUUAUGGAUCUUUCUCACGAUCAAGCAACGUUGGACGUUCAAGCUGCGAGUGACGAUCGGUCGAGCGACCGUGAGGUCAGCCAGGUCCGUGAAGCUCGUAACCGACGUCGAUCUACUGUCGGCCAGAGACGACGACGACGCAACGAACGCUCCGUUGUUGGUGGUUGGUAACGGUAGAACUUACACGAUCGCCGAUUCUUCGCCGAAGAAGGCUAUCAUGAGCGUGAUUCAAAAGGCGGCUAUCGAAAGGAAAGCGCGCGCUCAAGGAAACGGGGACUCGGUUAACGGCUCGGAGUCGGUAGCCGACGAUGAACAGAUCUAUUGGUUGAGACCGAAACUACGCCCGUCGCCGACUAGGUCACCCAACGAUGCGAACGGUCCACCGACCACGGAAAAGGGAUGGCUGAACAAGAAGUUGAAACCCAAGGUCACCUUUAACGACCUGCCUAGUACGUCAAGCUCGCGUAAUAAAGGAAAAGUCAGACGAGGCACCGGUGACGGGGGCCCUGAAGAUGACGGCGAUUAUGCCACGUUACGAGAAUUACCGCUGAUUACAUCUCUGGACCCAGCCGAGGAUUCAACGUCCGAAGAGAACAAGCUGCUCGAGUGCGUGAACGACGACCAAGUGACUUACUACGCGAGUGCGAAUCGCGAUCUGCAACCUUCGGAAGGCGACCCUUCGCCCCUAUUGACUCCAGACCCUUUGUCCGAUCCCAGUUCGGAACCACUUCCAUUGCCACCUCCGACUCCAACUCCGACUCCGACUUGUGCACCGACUACCGAAGUUGUCACGGCGUUACUAACCACUAACACCCAGACAAACGGAGGACAAACGCCACGAUGUUUGCGUCGCGCAGACUCGGGAAUGCCACACGAGGAAUUGACACCCCGUUCGGAUUCCUCGAAUUCUCCACCGCUGGACGCGGCGGCGGCGGGCGGAAAUAGCGGCGCCGGUUCAGUGACGGGGCAUAGCAACGCGAGCAGUCACAGCGAAACGUCUUCGAGCGGCGUGCACAGUAACGCGAGCAACGUAAGCAACAGCAGCUGUCAACGACGAGCGACCAGUGCGGACGACGUGACCGUUGCUGCCGGUGGUAGCAACGAGCUACGAGACAACGAGGAAUCGCGCGAUCAAUGGCGCAGUUGUUCCCUGCAACGAGGAAUACAACCACCAUCGGCAGCCGUCACCUUUUCACCGCCGAAUAGUCGUCCCGGUACCAGUCAGUCUUUCUCCUCGCCGCAGUACGCGAAUCACGUGCCGCUGUUCGCGAACGCGAACAUGAGCGCGAACACGAGUGCGAACUCGAACGCGAACGCGACCGCGACCGCGAACGCGAACGCGAAUGCGAACGCCAGCACGAACAUUAACGCGAACGAUGUCGCUGGCAGUACGGUCGGACAAGGUUGUCCGGCGGUUAUCCUCGAGAAUCCAAACGAAGCGACCGUGGUGAUACGACGGAAAUUAUCGAGGACAAAGCUAACGGACCCGUUGAAUCCGAACGAGGAGCCGUUUGGUCGAUCCACCAACAUGAGAAUGACGUCGUUCACCGAGAGCAACGACAUUCGCGUACACGCUUCAUCCGCCACUUUGCCACAUUAUCCGACUCAACCGGUGGUCACGUAUCCGCAUUGCUCCACGAUGCCACUGCCUCACGCUUCUCACAGCAUGGCCGGAUCUCACAUGGGUGGAUCGAGCGGAAGCUGUGGUUCGGUACCGAGGCACACUUUCGUCCCGCCGCAAGUGCAUUCGACGGUACCAGCCCACACCACUUUACCCUCGCAUCACAACGGCGUAAGACUGCUGCACGGUGUAGCACCGACACCGAACAAUCCUUUCGUCAAGAGGUUCCCACCUGUUCACUUGCACACGCAACCCUGGGCAUUGCCCGGUCAUCAUACUUUUCCCCAAGCGUCUCAAGUUAACGGCAAGUUAACGGCUACGGCGCAGAUCAGACAGAGCGACCGUGACUCGGCCAAUUUUUCCAUGGCCAGUAGCGGCGAUUCCGACACGUGUUUGCCUCAUUAGACAGCCUCAGCUGCCACGCACCGAUCAUCAUAGAUUCUAACCUUUUUUUUCUCUUGCCCCCCUGCAUUACCAUCGCGACCGAAAACGCUUCUCCGGAUCGCUUCUCUCCGAGGCAAGAAAAAGUCUAUCUCUUAGACUUUUCCAACGCCAGAUUUAUCGCGAUCACGAAUUUUCCUUGUAUCGCGUCGUAUCAGAGACAAACCUAUUACCACUGCUGCUACUACUACUACUACUACUGCUACUGCUACUGCUACUAUUACCACCUCCAC